UCCUCUGCUUUCCAGUUCCUCCGGAACACCAAUUUCCGAUCUUACUCAGAAUUCAGAGAAACUAACAGCAAUGGCCAUCUCCAGAGGUUCCGUGGUUGUCUUCUUGAUGGCACUACUCGUCUGCGCGCUCUUGAUCAAAAUGGGCGACGCCAACCCCAACGCUGAGCCCUGUACCAACACUCACGGUGAGGAGAACCAACGGUGCAACGAGGAGGAGCACGUCGAGGAAGAUGACUUCGAUGACACUUACAAGAUCGUUAACAACGUCAGGAUCUCCUCUCCCUUCGGCGUUGACAUGAUAGUACUCGGUCAUUGAUCCGUCCCAUGAUUCCCUCUCUUUUCUCUUUUAAAGGUUCUGGUUAUGAGCUCCUCUGUUCAUCAUAAAAGCUGGUUUAAUGGGUUUUGUUCUAUCGUCGUCAGUCAAGCUUGGUUUACUUUGCAUAAAGCUAGUCUAUGGAGUUGUUUUCUUUGAUUACGUUGUUGGUUCUGUUUCGUAUGCCUUUUGUUUGGAUUCAUUCGCAUUCGUAGUAUGUAGUUGAGUUUUCCCUUAAUUUCAAAGACAAGUUAACAAUAAAUAGAAUUUAUUCCA